AUGAGAGCUGUUCAGUACUGUUUAUUGCUCGGCCUGUUGUUUGUACUGCUUUCUGCUCACAGUGAAGCACUGCAGUGUUAUACUUGCAUCGGGUCAACAGAUGAAGACUGCAAUCGCCAAGAAUCCAAAGCAUGCCCGAGCUACUCAGAUGCAUGUGCUGUCAUUAAAGGACAAGGCAGUGGUGUGGUAAAGUCAUGCUCCUACAGGUCCUUCUGUAACCAAGCUAACAGCCAGAGCUAUAGUGCUUCAGGUGUGACGGUUCACUGUUGCUACUCAGAUAACUGCAAUGUGACAGGACGUGGCAAAAGGAUGGACACAGGGCUCAUCUACGUCUUAGUUCUACUAACGGCUGGGCUUAUGUUAAGCUUGAGUUACCAAGUGUGA